GUACAGUAGCUAUGCAACUUCACAUAUAGGGAAUGCUUAACCGUCAGCUAGGGAGAUUCCACUACUCGCACACUUAAGACAAAACGCGGAGGCGCAGCUUGUUCGAUCGGUGACAACACAGAUGACGAUUCCAAUGCCGAUGAAGUGUACGGGGGACUAUGGCUACGCAGGACCCCUCCCCGCCCCCGUCUCCGGAAGGGAACAAACUCGGCUUCCCCAAGAAAAUUUUGUCAAACAAGCUUGAGGACAAACAUUUGUGCAAUUUGUGCCAGAACAUACUGAGGAGGCCGUUUCAAGCUCAAUGUGGCCAUCGUUUCUGCUCAUAUUGUUAUAAUAGAAAUGUGGGAUCUGGACCACAGAAAUGCAGUGCUUGCAUUAAAGAGGACAUCUUUGAGGAGCCAACAUCUAUUCUGAAAAAAGGCUGUGCUUUCCCUGACAAUGCGGCUCGCAGGGAGGUUGAAGCUCUUGCCGCUGUUUGCCUCAACGAGGGAUGCACUUGGAAAGGAAGCAUUAAAGAGUAUGAGUCCGGCCAUGAGGGAAAGUGUGAGCUCACGAUCGUUCCCUGCCCCUCCUGCAAAGAGCUCAUCCGCUUUAACGAGCAGGAGCGUCACAGCGAACGGGAAUGCCCCGAGAGAACCCUCAACUGCAAGUACUGCAAAGAGCCCUUUCACUUCAAGAGCAUCAAGGCUCAUGAUGAGAUCUGUCCCAAAUACCCCAUGAUCUGUGAGGGCUGUGCAAAGAAAAAGAUCCCCAGAGAGAAGUAUGUGGACCAUAUCAAGAUCUGCAGCAAAUUCAGAACUCCAUGCCGAUUUCAUGUUGUCGGCUGUGACAUGUUAGUGGAAAAGGAGAAGAUCCAGGAGCAUGAGCGGUCCUGCUCCUAUGAACACCUCAACCUGCUGCUGCACUACAUCAUGGGCCUCAAGCCACUGCAGGGAGAGAAGACCAGGGUGGCCGAGCUGAGCCGGCGCUGGCAGGACCUGGAGCUGAAGACGGGCACGCUGGAGAACAUCGCCUGCGUGCUGAACCGCGAGGUGGAGCGCUCGCACAGCGCGCUGGAGGCCAACGGCCGGCAGCACCGCCAGGACCUGGACAAGGUGGAGACCCUCAACAACAAGGUGCGGCAGCUGGAGAGGACGGUGGGGCUGAAGGACCUGAGCAUCGCCGAGAUGGAGGGCAGGAUGCGCGAAAUGGCCGCCACCACCUUCGACGGCGUCUUCAUCUGGCGCAUCUCCGACUUCACCAAGAAGAGGCAGGACGCCGUGGCUGGCCGGGCCCCUGCUAUGUUCUCUCCAGCGUUUUACACCAGCAAGUACGGCUACAAGAUGUGUCUGCGGAUCUACCUGAACGGCGACGGCACGGGGCGGGGCAGCCACCUGUCGCUCUUCUUCGUGGUGAUGAGGGGGGUGAGCGACGCCCUGCUCAAGUGGCCCUUCAACCAGAAGGUGACGCUGAUGCUGCUGGACCAGAGUAACCGGGAGCACGUCAUCGACGCCUUCCGGCCCGACGUCACGUCCUCCUCCUUCCAGAGGCCCGUCAGCGAGAUGAACAUCGCCAGCGGCUGCCCGCUCUUCUGCCCUCUCGCCAAGCUCGACUCCAAGAACUCCUACAUCCGCGACGACGCCAUCUUCAUCAAGGCCAUCGUGGACCUGACGGGGCUCUAGUGCAGCGGCCAUUUUGGCUCCUCUGUUUCCCCCACCAGCAGCAUUGCCACCACACGCUCAACUCCUCCUGCAGUUUGGGUUCAGUCAAGUGGAGGCGUGGCCACUA